AUGCCGUGGACUCCUGAUCAAAGGCAAAGACUAGCGGUGGAGAAAGACAUACUGGAAAAAUAUUUCCCUGGGAAAGUUGAAUGGGUCGACCCAACCGGUAACACGAAAGUGGAUGUGACUAUGAUCACAAACAGCAAUCAGACUUACUGCCUACGUCUGUAUGUUCCACGAGAUUUUCCAAACAGCCUUCCUAUCAUGGUAGUUCGAAGCUCACCAAGCCCUAUGCCUAGCUGGGGAAAUAAUGCUGCCACGCAUACUUUGGGGCGAAAUCGUGAGGGAUUUCUCGUAAUUUGUCAUUAUCGUACAGAACAUUGGAAUAGUGAACAUACUUUCUACGAAACCUUCAUGAAGGGACGGUUAUGGCUAGAAGCCUAUGAAGGACACUUGUCCACCGAUGAAACAAUGGAUUCUUUUCUAGGUCACAUGAACUGA